UCCCAUGUCGCGCGUCUCCGAUUCCACUUAGAGGCCCAGCCUUUCUCUUUCUCCGGUGCGGAGGCCACUUCACUCACUCCGUGCCCCCCCAUCUCUCUCUCUCCCUCUCCCUGGUGAAUCCUCUUCGACUGCUCUCCUCUCCUCCUCUCCCUCUCCCCCUCCUACUCCCUGGUAUUGGUUUUUCUCCUGGCCAUGGAGCCAUCGGCGGCGGAGUUACCGCGGCCGGACUCGGCGCGUAGCGCGUGGCACUGGAUCGACUUCGUGCUCUUCCCCGCGAGGCUCGACGAGCACCUCGCACUGCUGAGCCAAGGAUCCGCUCGCGCGCCGUCGCUCGCCGCUCUCAUCUCCACUUUCCUAGAGCAGGUAUCUCCCAGCCAAUCCGAAGUCACCAUCAUGGCUCUUUGCCGAUUGGCUGUGCGUGCCGCUUUGAAAUCCGAUCUCGCACUCCCAUUGGUCGAGAGAGAUCUCCCCCCCAUGCACCAGAUGCCCCUGCUGCAGCUGCUCGUGCUGCUGGACGAUCCGAGCCGUCGCAUCGCCCGGCAAUGCAAUCUCCACCGUUGGUUCUUGCGAGCUUGUUUGGACUGCCCGGGCGGGGGUGCAAAAGUUUUGGGGGGAGAAGGCGGAGAGGGAGAGACAGGGGCUGGAGAGGCUGUAGCUGGAGAGGCAGUAGUUAGGAGCGAAGUGAAGGGAGAGGAGAGAGCGACAGAUAUGGAAGAGCAGUCUCAUCAUGAUCCCCCUCCCACCGCUGCCGCCGCCGCCGCCGCUGCUGCUGCUGCUGCUGCUGCUGAUGAUGAUGAUGAUGCGAUUGCCGCUCUUCCUUCUGCCGCUUCCCCCCCUGAAACCCCAACCCUUCCCGCUGUGCCGUUGCCUCCAGGACUGCAGCAGCUGGUGUUGUUCGAUUUGGGAGAGUAUCAGUUCGCCAGGGGGAAUAUCUGGCUGGCCGCUCGGCUGUCCUUGAAUGCUGCUGGUCAAUGCGAACUGCUGAGGAAGCAGACUUGCGAUGCUGCUGCUGCUGCCGCUCCAGCGGAGGCUAGAGAAUUCAAAGAAAGUCGGGAUGCUGAGGUAGGUGAGCAGCAGCAGCAGCAGCAGCAGCAGCAGCAGCAGUCUAGGAGACGGAAGAGAAAGAAACUACAUGGUGCUGAGAGUGAUGAUCUGGGGGGUGGAGGAGUGUGGGAGCUGGAGAGAGAGAGGAGGCAGGAGGGCGAAGAGGGAGGAGAAGAGGCAGGGAAGCGCGGACAAGAGCAGGAGCAGCAGGAGCAGCAGGAGCAGGAGAAGGAACAGCAGCAGGAGGAGCAGGAGCAGGAGAAGGAACAGCAGCAGGAGGAGCAGGAGCAGAGAGGCAAAGGGAGGAAGCCACAACGGUUCACUCAAGAAUCGAAAGUCAGAGUUCCACAGUGCCCGCUCCCUGCCACCGCUCUCCUCGACCUUUUGAUUCAAGACAUUCUGUGGCAGCAGCUGCCCGAAGGCUACCGGGCAGCACUUGAAAAGGAUUCCUUGCUGCCCGAGGGCCUCCGCGGAAGAAUUUCUGCAGCGAAUCUUGUUCACCGUGUUGCCGUGGGCUGGCAGCCGGUGGAAAUAUUUCUGCGAUCCUGGCUUGAGAAGAGUAUUUCAGGGCAGGAUGGGCAGCAAAAUUCCUGCUGGGGCCUGUCGAAGAGCGUCCUUGUUAUUGUAAUUAAACUACUCAGUUUCUUGCUGAAGGAACUGCAGAGAUACCCCAGUAGGAACGGGGAAUUCCGGACAAUGGUCAACGGCAUGACAAGGAAAGCCAGUAGCACGGGCAGGGGCAGAGAGGGAGCUAUAGACAGUGACAGAGAAAACGGCAUAGAGGUGGUAAGGGCAGAAAGAGUGGCACUGGUAGCAGAGAGGGCAGCGGCGCUAGCAGCAUUUGUGAGCUGCCUGGUAGGGCAACCAUGGGCGUGGGGCCUGGCGGGGCGAGUCAGAGUGCUGCAGAGGUGGAUAGAGGGGGAAUGCCAGGGUGGGAGGGAUGGGGUGCAGGGCGGGGAGAGAGGGGAGGUUGUUGAGAAGGAAUGGGAGAGGGCUGCGGGAUGGGAAUGUGACGACGUGGGGGGCUGGGUUAGUGGGGACGGUGGGGUAGAGGAGGCAUGGGAGGCGGAGGAAGAAGGCGAAGAAGAUGAGGAGGUGGAGGAAGAGAGAAGGGAAGAGGGAGGGGAGGAGGGAGAGGAGGAUGAGGAGAGCGCUGAAGAGGAAAUGGAGAUAGUAGGAGGGGUAGGAAGGGCGCAAAGAGGCUUGGAGGAACUGUACUUGUUAGAGGGGAGCGUGUCAGAGGCAGUUAGUCUCCCGCCCUUGGCUUUGGAACUGGGUGCUCUUGGCUCAGCCACAGAGCUGGAGAGGAUGGUUCGAGCAAUGCUGCUGCAUUUCCAGGCAGUCGGUAGAGCUAGUAGGACUAAGGAGGGAGGAGUAGCAUUGCUGGGAAUGGAGCAGCGGCACUCUCCCACAGCAGCAGCAGCUCCUGUGAGAGCAGCAGAGGCCGGGUUGGCAGAGGCAGGAUUGGCCGAGGCAGCAGGAGGACGCGACUCUCUCCUUGAUGAAGGUAUAAAGAGGGUGGGGGAGAGUAUGGGGUUGUGGGCAGUGCAGGUUGUGGGGAUUCUGGAGCGUAUAGGGAAGGGUUUGCUGAGGGAAUGGAUGGCCGUGGGGAUGAGAGAGGGAGGAGGGAUGAGAUGGGAGUAUGGGUUGGGUGAAGGCUCGGACGGAGGCUCGGGGACUGGUUUGGAUGGAGGUUUGGUUGGAGGCUUGGAGGGAGAGGCAGUAGUGAUGGUGAGCAGGAGGAGUGGGGGGAAGAAGCGGGGGAGGAAUGGGGGUGUGUGCAGUGGGGUGGGGGGAGAGGAGAGGGAGGAGAGGGAGGAGAGGGAGGGGAGGAGGAGAGAGUUGUGGGUUGGUGCGCAACGGUUGUUUCAGCUGGCAGUUGACUUGUCUGCUGCCGCUGCUGGUUCUUCUGGUGCUGGUGCUGGUGCUGCUGGUGCUGGUGCUGGCGCUGGUGCUGGUGACACUGCUGCUCCUGCUGCCGAGCCUGCAGGUGCCAAGUGGGGAGGUGACGUCGGCAGUCACGUGCUGCUGUGGGCCAUGGGGGGCGGGCUGGAUAGCAGACCAGGGGAAAGGACAGAACGGAAGGAGCGAGAGGAGGGCAGGGAAGAGAAUGGCAGUGGUGGGAUGAAGGACCCGGUGCAUGGAGUAAUGGAUGGAGCGGUGGUGGCAAUACCAGUGAAUUUUGCCACUGAUGCUGAUGUUGCUGCUGCUGCUGCUGCUGCUGCUGCUGCUGCUGCUGCUGCUGCUGCUGCUGCUGCUGCUGCUGCUGCUGUAUGUAAAGCUGAUGGCACGCAGGAGAUGGGAGGGAAAGAAGCACAAUCAGUGUCGGUAGAGACAGCAGCACCAGCAGCAGCGCCAGCAGCAGCGCUUGCAGCAGCAGCAGCACCACCACCACUGCCAGGAGCAACAGCAGCCGGGGGUGGAAGUGUUACAUCGAAGGGAAGUAGUACCAGAGGAACCAGAGGAAGUGUUUCUGCAGGCCCAGUGCAAGAGGAAGGAAACGACUUGCAGAAGCAGCAGCAGACUCCGAGUGAGACGCAGGAGGAGAGGCAGACGACGGAGCAGAAAGAGAAGCAGCAGCAGCAGCAGCAGCAGCAGAAGGAGCAGCGGCGAAAUAGCAGGAGCACGUGGUUUGAGGGUUCCCCUCACACCUGGCCCACCCUCUCGUCCCCCUGCAUCCCUCCUGGCGCUGCUGAGCUGGCUCUGGCGCUCCUGACCAAUCAGCAGCGUUGGCGCGAUGCGCUGGCGCUCUGCGAUUGGCUGGCGGGUGUGGUUGGGCGAGUGGAGGGCGGAGGGGAAGGAAGGGAAGGCGGUGGGCCCCUGGCAAUGGCUGGUGAGGCAACAGCAGCGGCAGGAAGGGUGAGAGGAGAAUUUUUGGGGGAAGGAAAGGAAAGCAGUCGGCCACUGGCUGUGGCUGGUGAGGCAACAGCAGUGGUAGGAAGUGCGAGAGGAGAAGGCAGAAGGGAAGGUAGGGGAGAAGGCGUGGGGGAAGGUAGAGAAGUGGGUAAAGGAGAUGGGAAGGGAGAAGGAGAUGGGAAGGGAGAAGGAGAUGGGAAGGGAGAAGGCGUGAGUUCAGGUCAGAAGCAGGGAGCCCUGGGUGAGAGUGGUCUGGAAACAAUUGGAGAGAAGCAAACAGGAGCAGCAGAAGCAGCAGGGGACAGGGAAUUCGAGGUGGUUGCGAUGCAAAUAGAUUCAGGUGUUGCAGCGACAGAUGCCACGCCUCCCUCUCCAACUGCUGCUGCUGCUGCUGGUACUGCUACUGAAACUGUUGCUGGUGCUGCUCCUGGUGCUGGUGAUGGGGCAUUGCCUCUGGUGGAUGUGGGAACAGGUGCAACGGGUGGGGUCGCAAGUGGGGAGGUGGUGACGCGAGGAGGGAAAGGAAACGGCCAACAGGUGGAGUGUAGGAGCAAUAGGGAGAGAGAGAUGGCUGUGUGUCGAUGCCUGUGUGAGCUCAUGAUUGCUGUUGACGAGUUUCUUGGAAGGGGUUGUGGGGGAGGGGGAGAGAAGACAGGCAGCAGGCCAAGCAGCAGGCCAAGCAGCAAGGAAAGCUGUAAGGCAAGUGUAAAGGCAGGGGGAAAUCCGGAUGGCGUGGAUUCUGCUGAAGUCGCGGGCGAUACGUUGAAGUCUAGGACAGCAAGGCUAGCAGCUAGACUUUGCGUUGCUCUGGAUGCAGCUCUGGCUGUUCUUGUGGUGUAUGGGUGCCGAGAGCCCCGCCUCCUGCUGCCGCUGGCACAGGAAGGAGGGGUGGCAGCAGCUGCAGCGGGUGGUUCCGCUGCUGCUGCCGCUGCUGCUGCCGCUGCUGCUGCGCUGAAGGGGGCUGAUGGUAUGCCAGGAGGGGGUGGUGUUGCGUCAGGUGGGGUCGCUGGUGCGGCUGAGGGCAGUGCUGAGGCUCUCAAAGGCAGUGCUGUCGGUGGGGCAAGGAGAGAAGAAGGAGGAGGAGGAGUAGGGGGGAAAGCGGGAGGGGAAACAGGAGGGAGAACGGGAGGGCAACAGCGAGAGCAAGUUGUUUCAGCAACGGUUGUAGCCACACCUGCAGCACUCACAGGAGCACCGGCAGCAGCAGCAGCAGCAGCAGCAUCUCUCUCCCCUCCUCCUAGCUCUCAUCUUCUUCGGCGGAUACCGCUCCUUCCUCUCCUUUACAACCCUGCGCUUCUCACCCGCCUGGCGUCGCUGCUGGUGGGCUGGGUGCAUCGCUAUGGCACGGGUGCAGGUGGUGGUGCUGCUGCCACUGCUCCUGCACCUGACGCUUUUGAGGCGCCUCAAAAGUCUGCUCCUGCACCUGACGCUGCCGCUGCUGCUGCAGCAGCAGCAGCCCCUGGUGCCACGGCCACAGCACCACUAAGGGGGGGAGCCGCAGCAGGUGGAGCUGUGACAGCAGCAGCAGCAGCUGGUGUUACUGGUGGCGUUGCUGCUGCUACCCUUGAUCGUUCCACUGGUAGUGGUACUGCUGCUGCUGCUGUUGCUGCUGCUGCUGCUGCCAGUCCAAGGAGGUGGUUACUAGAGCUCCCUCGGUUCGGUCCUCUUGCUGCCGUUGCCGCAGGCUUGGACAUAUUUGGGGGAGGUGCGGGAGAGGCUGGGCAGCAGGGUACGGAGAAGUGGAACGGGAGGAUUGGUGAAGGGGGGGAGGUGAGUGGUGGGAGGAACGGGGGUGGUGGAGUAGGGGGCAGGGAUGGUGGGGGCAACGGUGGGGGGAGGAGUAAGGGAGAGGAGGGGGGGAGUAAGAGAAAGAGGACGAGGGAGGAGAGGGAGGGGAAGAGGGAGGAGAGGGAGGGGAAGAGGGAUGAGAAGGAGGCGAAGAGGGAGGAUAGGGAGGGGAGACGAGAGGAGAAGGAGGCGCGGAGGGAGAAGAGGCGGAGGGAGAAGGAGGAGAGGGAGAAGGAGAAAGAGAAGGAGAAGGAGAGGGAGAAGGAGAGGGGUAGACAUAAGGAGAAGGGCAGUGAGAGAGAGAAAGGCAGGGAGAAGGAGAAAGAGAAAGACAGGGAGGAGAGAGAAAAGGGGAGGGAGAAGGAGAGACACAAGGAGAAAGAUAUAGAGAAGGAUAAAGAGAAGGACAGGGAAAAUGAGAGGGAUAAAGAAAGGGAGAGAGACAAGGAGAGGAGCAAAUCAAAGGGUGAGAAGGGGUCUUCCUCCCAUCGCCACCGUCACCACCAUCACCACCACUCAAGCCGCUCCCACUCCUCUCCCUCACACUCUCCCUCCCACUCCCCUUCCGAGAACCUCUCUCCGCCCCACUCCCCCUCCACCUCCCCUGCUCAUGUGCCUGUAGACGCUUCAUCCACCCGUCCUAUGUCGCCGCAUAACCCUCCGACACCCAGCCAGUCAACAGCAGCAACAGCCGCAGUAGAAACGGUAGUGGCACCAGCAGUAACAGAAGGGGUAAUGGCAGCAGCGGCAGCAGCAACACUACCAACAGAAACAGCAACAGAAGCGGCAGCAGCAGCAGCAGCAACACCACCAACAGUAACAGAAGCAUCACCUUCUGGUGUAACAGCAGCAGAAGGCGAAGGAGAAGGAGCAGCAGCAAGAGGGCCAAGCAAGGGAGAAGCGAGUGGGGGAGCGAAUGGGGGAGAGACAGCUAUUACAAGGACAGCUGGGGCUGGGGCUGGGGCUGGUGCUAUUGCCAGUACAGCUGUUGAAGCUCCUGCCACCCUUGACACUGCCAUCACUGCUGCUAGUAGUGAUGCUGGCUCAACUGGUGCUGAAGCUGCUGCUUCUGCCACCGACGCGGGUACUGAUGCCUCUGCUGCUGCUGCUCCUGCUGGUGCUGGUGCUGCUAAUUCAAGUGACAGGACUGCGGCGCCGUGUGUUGCUGCAGCAGGUGAAGCGGAAACAGCUGCUGCCGUCGCAGUAGCAGAAGAACAGCCCGCAGCAGGGGCGGAAGUAACAACAGCAGCAGCAGGAGGAGCAGCAGUAGCAGCAGCAGCAGCAGCAGCAGCAGCAGCAGCAGCAGCAGCAGCAGGAGGAGGAGCAGCAGGAGAAGAGGCACCAGCCGUAGCAGAAUCGCCAGCAGCAGCAGCAGCAUCCGUACCAACUACAGGCAGCAGAGACAGGCAACAUGAUGGUGCAACAAGAACGGGUAAAGAGGGAGAGAACGGGAGCAAAGCAGCUGGUGCAUCAGACGAGCAAAGCAAGCCCAAGUCUAUAGAGGGCCCCAUGCCUCCUGUUGAACGGCGUCCUUCUGCUCCUACUCCUGCGGCUGCUGCUUCUGCUGCUCCUUCUGCUGCUGCUUCUGCUGCUGCUUCUGCUGCUGCUUCUGCUGCUGCUUCCGCUGCUGCUUCUGCUCCUACUACUCCUGCUGCUGCUUCUGCUCCUACUGCUCCUACUGCUCCUGCUGCGGCCUCUGCUGCCCCUCCUGUUUCUGCCAUUCCCGUUGCUGCUGCCCCUGCUCCCGCCACUCCCGUUUCUGCCACCCCUGCUGCUGCGCUUCCUGCUUCCGCCCCCAGUGGCACCACCACGGAUGCAGGAGGCGAGAAAGGAAUCGGCUUGGCGGGUGCUGGUCGUGCCACUCCCCCCAAGGAUGAUAUACGCCCCCCCAACCCCAAGCAAGGGGAGGCAGGUGCGGGUGGAUCACCAGUGUGGAAGUACCCCCACGCGAGGGCGCAUGUGUCGCUGGGUGCUGGGCUUCUGGAGUGGCUGCUGCUGCGCCUGACAGGCGCUGGUGGGGGCGAGAGAGAGGGGGCAGCAGGGGCAACAACAGGUGCUGUAGGGGCAGCAGGGGCAACAACAGGUGCUGUAGGGGCAGCAGGGGCGAUAGGUGCGGCCACUGGUGCCCCUGUGGCAGGACGUGGGAGUGGAGGGAGUGGCAAUAGGGGCUUAAGCUGGGCAUGGGAGUGCCGGCUUGGGGAUUGGGUGCGUGAAGGGGGAGAGGGGGAUGAGGGGAGGGAGGGGAGUGGGAGUGGGAGUGGGGAUGUUGGUGGUGAUAUGAGCCUGUGGCAUGGGGAGGAGGAUGCGUGGUGGGAGAAUCAGCAGCAGCAACCGCCGCAGCAACAGGGACAGCAGGCGCAGGCGCAGCAGCAGCAGCAGCAGCCGUUGCUGCUGUGGGGGCAGGAUCCUCUGUUCCCGCUGCCACAGCUGCUGAUGCACCAGCAUGUUUCGCCUCACCUGCCCCUGCUGCUGCAGCAGCAGCAGCAGCAAGUUUGGCAGUUACAGCCUCCAUACGGCCAGGGCUCAGCAGCAGCAGCAGCAGCAGCAGCAGCAGGUGCAGCAUCAACUACAGCAGCAUUGGCAGGGCUCAGAGCGAGAGGAGCAGGAGCAGCGGGAGGAGUGUUUUCAGCAGCAGCUGGUGGUGGUGGUGGUGGUGGAGAGGGAGAGGUGGAGGGAGAGUCAUGGGUGUGGCUGCUGUGUGUGGCUGACAUCGCUUUCAACCGAGGGGAUCAUCUCUCUGCUCUCCGCCUCUACCUCCUCGCGGGCAACUCAGCCACUCGGGGGUUCUGGGACAACAACCCUGGAAACGCCAACGGGGGCAGCAGCCGAGGCAGCCUGGCAAGGCAAGCUGCGCAGGCAACCGUUUCCCUGGGGAUCACCCUGCGCUCACUCAUUGCCUCGGCAGCGGCAAACAGCAGCGCUGGCGGUAGCAUCAGUGUGGGGAAUGGCGGCUUGGGUAGUGGUGGUGGUGGUGGUGGCAGUGGGAGCGCUUUGCAGGCCUUCCCUGCUGGUGGUGGUGCUGCUGGUGCUGGUGCUGGUUCUGGUGCUGGUUCGGGUGCUGGUGCUGCAAGCAUGGGGAUGGGGGCAGGAUUAGGUCUGGGCAUGGGUAUGGGCAGAGGAAUGGGGAGGGGAAUGGGCAUGGGUUUAGAUGGGAGGGCCGGUGGAGCAGCCGCUGAUGCAGCAGCAUGGGGAGGAGGAAGAGGGAGAGGAGGGGUACUCCCUGUGGGGGGGAUGAUGCUAGGCGUUGGUGCUACUACUACUGCUGCUGCUGCUGCUGCUGCUGGUGCUAGUGGUAGUGCCAUUGGUGCUGCUACUGCCAGCAACACUUUUAACAACAACAACAACAGCAGCAGCAGCAGCAUCGGGCUCGUUCCGCAUGGUGCUGCAGCUGAUGCCGCUCCGCCGCCCGCCAACUGCUCUGCCCUUCCUCGCGUGUUCUCACCCUGGGUGCUGCGGCGCAUGCUGCUCUCCCUCCGGGCCAUGGGCGCCGCUCUCCCAGCAGCCGUGCUGUGCCAGCUGCUGCCGGCGCCCUACCUCUCGCUCGCCUUCCACCUGCUCUCCUCCUCGCCGCUCCUUGACUCGGCCACCACUCAGGCCUACAUCCAGUGCAUUUGGGAGAUUCCCCUCCUCGAGCUGCUGGCCAGUCGGCUGGAAGCAGCAGGCGACACGGCCACACUUGCCCUUGUGCUGUCCGUGCUCGCGCACCCCUCCUGCAACGCGCACAACCCGCCCUUUGUGCGCCGCGCCCACGUGCGCCGCUGCUCCCUGCGCUUCUUCCGCCUCCUGGCCUCGCAGCUGGGAGCAGCAGGGGGGGGAUGUUGUGAGGGGCGUUGAACACCUCUCGGUAGUUGCUGCCCCCUGCGCUUCUUCCGCCUCCUGGCCUCGCAGCUGGGAGCAGCAGGGGGGGUGGUAGGUGUCUAGAAGGGUAGGCGCCUACUAGGUAGUUUCUCCCUGUGCCUCUCUGUGUCCAGGCUGUGCAGCUGGGGGAAGCAGGGGGGUUAGCCUAGGGCAUCUUGCCUGCCCUGGUUGGUAGCUGUUCCCUGUGCUGCUUCCGUCUCCUGGCUUCGCAGAUCGUAGGGGGCUCUGAGAUUUGAAUGUUAGUUGGGUGGGUUGGUAUUUGCUCCUUGCGUCCUUCCAGCAGGAGAACCUGUUUGAGGUAGGUACUACAUUAAAGGAUAUUCUUUCUGUGCCUCUUAUUCCUUGUGCAAAAAACUCAUCAGAUAAGUAAGAAGC